UUUCACCCUCAAAAAUUAUUUUUCAAGCAGUGAACAGAAUGGUUUGCUCUACUGAUACUCACAUUGAUCCUAAGUCUUUCUAUGACCCUGAUUCUCCUCGACCUAUGAGGAGUUUUGUGGGGCAGUAUUGGUACCAAGCCUCAUGUACAGUUCUAGGCUUUGGUGUUGCCUGCUUGCACAAUUUUAUCAGGAAACGUCCAGUUUUUGCAGGUCUCCCCAGGCAUGCAGCCUUUACCUUGAUUGGCUUUGGAGCUGGCACCUGGAUUAACAAUUUUAUCAAGAGGAGAUCUGCGGAGCGCGAUUACUUCUACUACCAGUACAUGUGUGAUCACCCUGAGGACUUCCCUCUUAUUGAGCGCAAGAAGUUCAAGGACGUGAUGAAGCACUGGACGCCGGUGCGCUGAGGAUCCUGCCUCCAUACGCGUCUUGCUGUCAGGCAGGGCAUCAUCGCGAAAAAUGUACAGUAGCGUGGUAAAUUGUAACUAAAAAAUUAUUUACUCG